AAAUUAAAGAUGUCUUCGAGCUCUUUGCUUUCAAUUGAGAGUCUAAAUGAUUCAGAUAAUGAUUCGAUUUCAAAGUACAUGAUGGGAGCCGAAAGUUUGGUUAUCGUCGAUCACCUAAGUGACUCUAUUGAUGCGUCUGAACAUUUCAUUGAAUCACAAAUGUUGCCAUAUCAAGAUGAACCUGUUGCUGAUGAAGAAUGGGUUCAAAAUUAUCAUGACGGAUUACGUGAACGUCAAUUUUUUUUGGAAACGCUGCUUGAUAGAUUCAACAAUCGUGUGCCGUUGGAGCAGUGGUGCAUUUGUGGUAAUUGCAGGACUAAUAUGCUUCAAAAUGAAAAAGAGAGUCAGUGUUGCCAAGAACUUGACGAAUGCAUAGAGUCCUUAAACAGUGAAAUGGUGCUGGGUGAAAUGAAAGUUGUUCCUAAAUGUAUUACACUUCAUCCAGCAUUCAAUUCAGUGUGUCUGGAUAUUUGGUCAUUGCGAAUGGCAGGCCCAAAAUUCAGGAAAAUAGAUGGAAGAAAAUAUGCGAAACAUGAUGAUGAGAACAGGUAUUUAAGAAGUGUUGCCUAUCGAGAGUUUACCCAGCUGGUGCAUGGUUACUUAGGAAGGAAAAGGAUACCACUGCCUGCUUGUGCCUAUCAUUCAAUAAGGACUCGAUUUCCUGGAAAAGAUUUCCAAGGUUAUGAUGAUGAUGAACUUGAGGAUGAAUAAAUUACUAUUUGUAUGCCAAUAUUCACCCUCAAUUUGGAUUCUUGUUCCGUGGACAGUCAAGGACAUAUUGAUGGCCUUUCAUUGCUUUCCCACAUGCUCGACAGUGUGGACAAGUUCUUUCUUCACUGGUGAUGUUAUUUGACACUGUUGGUUGGACUAAAAUGUUAUAUUUUUUGUGAUUGACAUGUAGACAAUAAGUUUAAGUAUUAAAUAAAGAAUGUCUUAGUCAUA